GCCGACUCGGGCUAUUACCAAGAGCCUCCUCCCACUGUAUAAAUGCCGUCGUACUUGGGCCAGUCUUUCCAAGCCUUAUCCCCCAUUGAACUUUCGGCCCAUUUCUACUAUUUCCGCGACUACGAUGGCGACCCAGAUGAAGGCAAUCGUCCGUUCCAGCCCCGGUCCAGCCUCUGUGCUCCAACUAGCCGAGCUCCCCGUCCCAGCCCUCGAAAACCCCCAUGACAUCCUCGUCAAGGUCCGUGGUGUGUCUAUCAACCCUGCCGACACGAAGGUCCGUGGGGCGGCCGCCUUCCCCAAUGGUGUGCUUGGUUGGGAUGCCGCAGGUGUAGUUGAGCAAGCCGGCGAGAAAGCUCUCUUCAAGAAGGGUGAUGAAGUCAUGUAUGCUGGAACUGUCGGACGUGCGGGCACGAACUCCCAGUACCAUGUGGUUGACUCUAGGAUUGCUGGGAGGAAGCCGAAGGGAUGGGAGUUCGCGGACUCAGCUGGUCUACCUCUCGUUGCGUUGACCGCUUGGGAGAUGUUAGAGGAUCAGUUCAAUCUGAAGCCUCACGCAGCACCCGCAAAGGAGGAGACAUUACUUAUUAUCAAUGGCGCUGGGGGUGUCGGCACGAUUGCGACGCAACUUGCUGCCAAGGUGUUCAACGUGAAGAACAUAGUAGCUACGGCGUCUCGUCCAGAGACCGUUGAGUGGGUGAAGAAGAAUGGCGCCACUCAUGUUAUCUCCCAUCGCGAAGACUUAGCUGCCCAGCUCAAGGCUCAAGACUUGACGCCGUCUCUCGUGUUCAUCUGCUAUGACCCUCUUCCUUACGUUCCUCAGCUCGCCACCGUCGUGCGGCCAUUUGGCCGUAUCGGCUCCAUCGUCGAGUCGCAAGAGGCUGUUCCAAUUCAUCUCGGUGGCCUCUUUGGUGCCUUUGGCAGAUCACUCUCAUUCCAUUGGGAGUGUAUGUUCACCCGGUCCAUGCAUGGCUAUGACCUAGAGGCUCAGGGACGCAUUUUGAAUGAAGUCGCGAAGCUCGCGGAGGAGGGUAAACUGACGAGCUUGACCACCGUGAAAGAGGUUUUCAGCGUCCGGAGCUUGAGGAAGGCACAUGAGACGAUCGACAGUGGGAAGGCGAUUGGGAAGAUCGUCUUCGAGGUGAAAGAUACGAUCGAGGAGAAUUAGUAUGUGAAGACGGGAACCCCUUGAUAUCGUUGUACCAUUUGUACCUUUCAAUAGCUUUCCAGCCAUUUGCAGAUCGAUGGGCCCACUUUUUGAGAAUCAUUUACAGUCGGACCACGUCUGACAAGCAAUUUCAAGUCCCCGAGAGACAGAAAUCAGACCAUCUGGACUUCUCUACCUUCUUCCGACGUCCCUGGCACCCACUCCGACCCACUCCGACUAUACGUGGUUUUCUGAAUUGAUGGUCUAUCGAUCUGCAAGCGGCUGUC